AUGGCCUCUGAACAGAACUCAAACCAGCAUGUUGUGCAACCUUCCUUUGUUCAUGAAGGUCGUAAUGAAACUCGAGGUAAUGUUGUCAACAGUUUUUCGCUGCCAGGCAAUCAUGUCGAAACAUCUGGUCCUUACAGUCCGAAAAAUGCAAAAAUUACCAAUCAGGCUGCAUCAUCUGCCCCCAUCAGUCCCUCCCCAAAUCAAGCAGUUGUUGCAUCUGUUCCCGUAUCUUCAGUUCAAACUAAUGCUGCAUCUGUUCCCAUAACUGCAGCGCAAAGAUACAUUGCUGACAUAAAUGGACUGAUUGAUACAAAAAGCAUACAUUUCUUCAUUGUUGCCCGGAUUAUGACGUUAUGGAAAGUACCAGAGUCUUCCAAGAGCAGCAAAAUUAAAUCGAUGGAGAUGACUUUGAUUGAUGCACAGGGUGGUAAAAUUCAGGCUACUGUUCCUGGCCGUUAUGUGAAAGAUUUUCAGGAUAUCUUAAAAGAAGGUUCUGUAAGAAGGCUGUCACGAUUUGAUCAUGGACUGAACAUUGCUGGUGGUUUUCGCUGUGCUAAACACGAAUACAAAAUCGUGUUUGAAUCAAACACAUUGAUUGAAGCUGUUUUUGAUUUUGACAUUCCAAAUCAUGUUUUUGAGUUCACACCUUUUGCCGAAGUUACAAAUUUUGUGGCUAAUUUAGAUUAUUGUUUUGAUCUGAGAGGUCACAUAAUUGCAUACAGUGAUCCUAUUGUUGACUAUGAUAAAAAAAGGAUUUCUGUUGAACUUGAAGAUGAAAGGGCUGACAGGCUGAAAGUAACCUUAUGGGGUGAACAUGCUGACAAAGUUUUGGAAUACAUGGAUUCAAUCCCCACUUUUCCUGUUGUACUUAUUGUACAGUAUGUAAAGUGCAAGAAGUACUACUCUUCUGUUACUACAAAUCUUUUGAAUGGAAAGAUUUAUCUUGAUGAUAUGACCAUGCCUGAGAUAUUUGAAUAUAAAGACAGUGCCUUUGAUGAUGAGAUCAAACAAGCAAGCAUCCACAAAAUUUCGAUGAUGUCCUCUAUAUCUGGAUACACUACUUAUGAAGAUUUCAUAAAUGACGCAAACCUGCUUUCAUUGGCUGACAUAGAUCAACUAGAUGGGGCUGCCUAUGUUGUUGUCUUUGCAAAGAUAACUGGUUUAGAAACAGAAUAUGAUUGGUCGUACAUAGGUUGCAAAGAAUGCAACAAAAAGGUUGAGGAAAUUGAGUACUUUAGAGGUAAGAAGCCUAAUGCUGAAAAACAGGUAGUCCAAUCACUGAGAGGGAGGAAUGUUGAUGCCCAAAAGAAGAUAAGUGUUGAGAAGAAGUGGAUGUGUGGUAACCAUGGUCCUGUUUCUGCUGUUGGACCAAAGUUCAAGUUACAGGUAUAUGUCAGGGAUGCAUCUGGUAGCAGGAUUGUAACCUUAUGGGACAGGAUGGUUUACAAUUUCAUUAAUAAAACUGCUGGUGAAUUACGUCAGAAGGAGGAGAAGGACUAUCCUAAAAUACUUAAUGAAAUUGUUGGGAAGAAAUGUUUGUUCAGGCUGGAUGUAUCUAAUUUCAACAUACGUAACAGUAACAGUGAGAUAUCAGUUGCUAGGAUUACUACAGAUGCAGACAUUAUUAAGAAAUAUCUAGAUGAUGUUGCUGAAGAUCAAGACAUUGAUCCUGAAAUGAGUGCAGAAUACUAUCAAAAUUUGACACCUAAUCAGGACAGUACCGCAAAGAUUGCCGUAUCCUGCACUGAUUAUAAUGACAUGGGACUUCCCGGGGAUGACAUUGCAGAGAGUCCUCCCUCAAAGAAUAAGCUACCUGCAAGUGCCGGUGAGGAGAGUGUCAAAUCAAAGCCCAACAAGCGUCUUGCUAGGCGCACUACAGAGGCAGACAUUAUUAAAAAUUAUGUAGAUGAUGUUGCUGAAGAUCAAAUACUUAGCAGCAACUUAACUUCAAUUAUCAGACAUGUUGGAAAGCAGAUCAGAAUUGAUGCUCCAGGAAUACGCAUGGUGUUUGUUAAUAUUCAUAUUAACAAGAAAAGGAGAUGUCAGUUGUAUGGAUCUGCACUUGAAGAAUUCCUCACAGAGAUUGGUGUUUCCCACACAUCAAAGUUACAUGUUAUAUAUCAGUUAUCCGGUAAUUUCAUUCAAUUAUUCCAUUUUUCAUAUGAUGGAUGUCUACGACUUCAAUCAGAUCUGAAAUUACCCAUUGGCAACCGCUUCCUCAUGAAAUUAGAUGAGAAGUCAUUGAACCGUGCUGUUGUUGACAAACAGUUCUUUUCUGGGAUCCACUGGCCUUCAGAACAGAACAUAGCAAAUGCCGUGGAUGUUAAGCAAUACAACUGGGAAUUCAUGAUCUACAGGGAGGAGAAUGAAGCAGUAGGUUUUGAAGGCCCUAAAUGGGAAGAGUUUGUUGACUAUUACUUUAAUCAUCUUAAAUGUAUCAAUGUCAUUUUUGUUUACAUUGGAAAUUUAAAAUUUCAUCGGCGCAUUUUCGACAAUAAAGGUUACUGUUGUAAUCUGAUGCUUGAAGAUUCAGAUACAUCUGAUGGUGAGAUUGAUUCAGUUGCCUACCUUAGUAGUAAUGGAGAUCAGAAUACAUUUUCUGCAAUUAUGAAUAACAUUCAAAUACUACGUGGCAGAUUGGAAAUACCAUGGCAUAUGAUCAGGAGGUUGAAUGUAGAAGAUGCAUUAAGUGCUAUUUUGUAUUAUGAUGGAGUUCCUGUCAUACGCAUGGAACGUAUUUUAACAACAGACAACCCGCAUCGUUUUGUUAUUGAAGGAGAUCUCGAGUACAUGAUGAGCAUAAUGAAAAUUCCUGUUGGUAUAACACUGGCCUUUCGUAUAGAUGCUCGCAAGGCAGCUAACAAGGGACUCUUAACACUCGAAGUUUUAUAA